CUUUUGUUCUUGAACUUGAACUUUUUGUGGUGCCAGCAGUAAGUUUGGGUGUCAGGACAAUGUACAUCUUUUGUCUCCGCGUAACUUUCACAAUUACAACAAACUCAUUCUGUGGAAAUUAUCUGCGGGUGGUAGUAUAAAAACCUUACCUUAACCAUGAGUGCCUCGACCCUCGCUGCUUCGACACCUCGCAUUUCGCCCCCCCUAUCUAGUGUCAUCACAAUCAGUGCAACAAAACUCUACAUUCCGGCCCGUAAAUCAAUAUUGUUCUGGUCGUGAUUUUCAUUCCCUUCCUCAUUACCCCCUCCCAACAAACCUGCCAUUCACAAUUUCACACGUCGCAGUAUCCAACAUGGCUAGUCUCGCCGUUCCCCAACAUGCAUACCUCACUUCCGAGCCCUGGAUCGUUGAAUCUAAACCGAUGAGAAAGACACGCAUCUCGUGUGGUAAAUAUAUAGAACGCCAGGUCGUUCGUGCAUGGAAGCGCGUCACUGGUGUUACUCGGAAACAUCAACGUGCUUCUUUCCUUCCCAAGGAUUUCAUCCUUGUCACUUCUCACCGCCGCAGCGUGAGGUUGGCUUGAAUAGUUCCGAGAGGAGGCAGCUGUGUUGUCACAACUAUUCACAGGCGGCGCACAUAUGAACAGCAGAGAGAUCGGGCUUCUGAAUCGCACACAUUCAUUUUUCUAUCUGGGACAUUAUAUCAUUAUUUGACGUGGAAAUAUAGUAUUCACAGGCACUCUAGGUUGUAUAACAAUACUUAUGCUACCUGUUUUUUUUAAUAAUUAAUCCAGUAUAUCCAUUGAAAUAGACAGAGAA